AGCGGCCUUCUGGGUGAUGUUUGUGUUGGACCUGGCCUUGUAUGGUUUCACACUCUGCGCCGACACACGAUACUUGGAGGCACUGCCCGGGAUGCCGGACAGCUACCCAGAUGUGGAGCCCCGGAAGUGCGACGAUUGCGGCACGGAGGUGUCCGAGCCACGCGUCAAGCACUGCCAGACCUGUGGCUGGUGCAUGGAGGGCUUCGAUCAUCACUGCCGCUACCUGAAUGUCUGCGUGGCUGGCAGGACGUACAAGCCUUGGUACGCCUUUGUGGCGUUUCUACUGGCCCUGGUGGUGAUCUGCGGCUUCGCCAGUGUUCACGCGCUGGUGGAGCCCUUGAGGCAUAACUUGCACGACUACCAUCCUACUGCGUUCUUUAUCAUCAUGGGCUCAGCGGCUGUUGUGUCCAACAUCGAAGUGCUCUUCCUCUUCGCGCUGCUGGCGCAACACUCCUACUUUUGCCUGGCAGGAGUAACCACCUUGGAAUUCAUCAAGGAUCAGGAUCCGCCGUUUCCGGGCCUUCCACCCAAGGGAUGGCGCCAGGCAGUGUCGGACGCCGAAUGUCCCAUUUGCCAUGGCAUGCUCGGUCUGACUGAAGCUGCCGAAGUGGAUGAAGUACUCUUCUGCACCAUUUGUCAAGGAGACCUUGGCAAGGCAUAUGUCAGUUUCUACCAGUGCGAUGUCUGUGACGCUGCUGCAGU